ACUCCCGGCAUGCUCGGCGGCCGCCGGAAUUAACCCUUCAGGGCCGGGAGCCUCGCUGCGCCCCGCCCCCGCCCCGCCCCCACCCCAUACUCGGACCCCGCAGGAGAUGGGUGCCCCCAUCGACACACUGUCCUUUGGCCACCGGACAUCAUGCCUCCCAAGAAGGAUGUUCCUGUGAAGAAACCAGCAGGGCCCUCUAUCUCCAAGCCUGCUGCCAAGCCUGCAGCAGGGGCUCCUCCAGCCAAGACCAAACCCGAGCCAGCUGUCACGCAAGCCGCCCAGAAAGCCCAGGAGCCCCCCAUCGAUCUCUCCAAAGUGGUGAUCGAGUUUAACAAGGACCAGCUGGAGGAGUUCAAGGAGGCCUUCGAGCUGUUUGACCGAGUAGGGGAUGGCAAGAUCCUGUACAGCCAGUGUGGGGAUGUGAUGAGGGCCCUGGGCCAGAACCCCACCAACGCCGAGGUGCUCAAGGUCCUGGGGAACCCCAAGAGUGACGAGCUGAAGACCCGGCGUGUGGACUUCGAGACUUUCCUGCCCAUGCUCCAGGCAGUGGCCAAGAACCGGGACCAAGGCUCAUAUGAGGACUACCUGGAGGGGCUUCGUGUGUUUGACAAGGAGGGGAACGGCAAAGUCAUGGGGGCAGAGCUCAGACACGUCCUCACCACGCUGGGAGAGAAGAUGACAGAGGAGGAGGUGGAGACUGUUCUGGCAGGACACGAGGACAGCAAUGGCUGCAUCAACUACGAGGCCUUCCUGAAGCACAUCCUAAGCGUCUGAGCUCUACAGCUGGGGCCUCCACCCCGCCCCACCUUGAAGGUCCAGGGGGGCGGACACGGCCCCCGCGGGCGGAAGCACGUUCCCGCCGCCAGGAGGCCACCUAUGGUUUCAAAAUAAAGACAC